GAACAACUUCACAACCCACCCCAUAAUAAUCUGGGACAAAGCAGCGUCGGGACGGAGCUGCUUCCACUGCACGACCUCGGCGCAGCCCCGGGAGCGGCCCGGCGGCCCACCCGGAGCAGCCCCUUUAAAACGGCGGGAGUACAGUAUUGGGAUCCUUGAAACCUGAAACCCAGACGGCGAAUCGAGGCGGAAACCAGAGGGAAAACCUUGAACUCCUCCAGACAAUUGCUUCCGGGGAGUUCCGAGAGAGCGAGGGGGAAUAAAGGGCGCGCCCGGAGGGGCCCUCGGAUGCCGCGUCCCUGAGGGCCGUGCGAGGUGGCGCCGCGUGGGAAGGCCGGGUCGCCGCUCUGUCCCCAGCCUGCAGGUCAUGGCCACCGUGGAACAGAAAGCCCUGGGCGCCGGCUUCCAGUGGCUCUCGCUGGCCACUCUCGUGCUGCUCUGUGCCGGCCACGGGGGACGCAGGGAGGAUGGAGGUCCAGCGUGCUACGGAGGAUUUGACCUGUACUUCAUUCUGGACAAGUCAGGAAGUGUGCUGCACCACUGGAACGAAAUCUAUUUCUUUGUGGAACAGCUGGCUCAUAAAUUCAUCAGCCCACAGCUAAGAAUGUCCUUUAUUGUCUUCUCUACUCGAGGAACAACCUUAAUGAAGCUGACAGAAGACAGGGAACAGAUCCGUCAAGGCCUAGAAGAACUCCAGAAAGUUCUGCCAGGAGGAGACACUUACAUGCAUGAAGGAUUUGAAAGGGCCAGUGAGCAGAUUUAUUAUGAAAACAGUCAAGGAUACAGAACAGCCAGCGUCAUCAUUGCUUUGACUGAUGGAGAACUCCAUGAAGAUCUCUUUUUCUAUUCAGAGAGGGAGGCUAACAGGUCCCGAGAUCUCGGUGCAAUCGUUUACUGUGUUGGCGUGAAAGAUUUCAACGAAACACAGCUGGCGCGGAUCGCGGACAGCAAGGAUCACGUGUUUCCCGUGAAUGACGGCUUCCAGGCUCUGCAAGGCAUCAUCCACUCGAUUUUGAAGAAGUCCUGCAUCGAAAUUCUUGCAGCUGAGCCCUCCACCAUAUGUGCAGGAGAGUCAUUCCAAGUCGUCGUGAGAGGGAACGGCUUCCGACACGCCCGCAACGUGGACAGGGUCCUGUGCAGCUUCAAGAUCAACGACUCGGUCACCCUCAAUGAGAAGCCCUUCACCGUGGAAGAUACUUACUUGCUGUGCCCAGCGCCUGUCUUAAAAGAAGUUGGCAUGAAAGCCGCACUCCAGGUCAGCAUGAACGACGGCCUCUCUUUUAUCUCCAGUUCUGUCAUCAUCACCACCACACACUGUUCUGAUGGCUCCAUCCUGGCGAUCGCACUGCUGAUCCUGUUCCUGCUCCUGGCCCUGGCACUGCUCUGGUGGUUCUGGCCCCUCUGCUGCACCGUGAUUAUCAAGGAGGUCCCUCCACCCCCUGCCGAGGAGAGUGAGGAAGAAGAUGAUGAUGGUCUGCCUAAGAAGAAAUGGCCUACGGUAGAUGCCUCUUAUUAUGGCGGGAGAGGCGUUGGUGGCAUUAAGAGGAUGGAGGUUCGCUGGGGAGAAAAGGGCUCCACAGAAGAAGGCGCUAAGUUGGAAAAGGCAAAGAACGCAAGAGUCAAGAUGCCAGAGCAGGAGUACGAAUUCCCUGAGCCUCGAAAUCUCAACAACAAUAUGCGUCGGCCUUCUUCUCCCCGGAAGUGGUACUCUCCAAUCAAGGGAAAACUCGAUGCCUUGUGGGUCCUGCUAAGGAAAGGGUACGAUCGUGUGUCCGUGAUGCGUCCACAGCCAGGAGACACGGGGCGCUGCAUCAACUUCACCAGGGUCAAGAACAACCAGCCAGCCAAGUAUCCCCUCAACAACGCCUACCACACCACCUCACCGCCUCCUGCCCCCAUCUACACCCCCCCGCCCCCUGCUCCCCACUGCCCUCCCCCACCCCCCAGCGCCCCAACCCCUCCAAUCCCCUCCCCACCUUCUACCCUUCCCCCUCCUCCUCAAGCCCCCCCUCCCAACAGGGCACCGCCCCCCUCCCGCCCCCCUCCAAGGCCUUCUGUCUAAACCCAAGCCCUGGGCUCUGGGCUUUCAGAAACUCCGGGGAGGAGGCCCCUCUGUGGCGUUAAAACAGUCUUUCCAGGUGGAGGUGAUGAGUGGUGAUGGAGCCCACCGAGUUCACACUUUCUAAAUUGGUUGGCAAUGCCAGGACACCGACAAUCGUCAUCAGUGGAAAGAAAAGAAAUUUUGAUUUGCCUGAAAACAAAGGAUGAGGCAAACACAGUCACAUUUACUGCCGGCCAGCCAUCACCUCUAGAAGGUUCCAGAGGCAGUGAAACUGCCAAAUGCUCCCAAUGGGAUUGUGUCUCACGGAGACCUGGAGACAAAAGCCUUUCUCGGAGGGUGAAAUACAGAGUCGGAUAAGAAAUAGCAUUGCUGUGUCCCUCGACAAGGCCUUCCCUCCCCCAUUCCACCUCCUCCGCCGAGAAACCCCCACCCUGCGUGCCACCCCGCGAGGUGGAGACCUGUGCCUACCACUUUGGGAAAGCUUGGGGGCGCCAGUGUGGCAGGAAACUCCACAUCAGACAGGAACCCCGAAGGGUGUUCUCCUGCGAUGUGCAGGUGAAUAAGAACAAAUGCCUUGUUGGCCUCUCCCCUUCUCCCCGUUUCCGCACGAAGAAGGGAGCGGGUGUUUGCUGAUGGAAAAGGUAUGUUGCCAUGUUGACGUGUAAGUGAAAUCAGUUGUGUGCCUUGGCAGGGGGGUGUUGGUGGGAGCAUCAGACAGUUUCUAAAACCCACAGGCCAUCAGGUGCCAGAGGUGACUGGCUUUGACCAGACUUGGUCCCCUCAAUCCACAGACAGUGCGUUGUUGAAGGGCAACAUGUUCAUGCUUCAUGCUAAAAACCAAGGUUUGGCUUCAAAAGUGAUUGAUCCUGUUUUCUAGAGACAAACACAUGAGUUCAUCUUCUCAAACUAGCACCACUAGCACCCACCACACGAUAUCACUGGUUUUGUGUUCUUUCUGGAUAAAGUUGUGCACCAGAAACUUCUAGGUAGAGCUGAGAGAUAACAUAAUAAGCAAAGUAUCCCCAGGUUCUUUGAUUAACCCCAAAAGAGGCAUGCGUGUGGAUACAAAUAUAUUUCUCCUUUGCUUCUCAACAUGCAGAUAGUAUUAGCUGUUAGCCCAGGGGAAAUACACCAUAUGCACAACACAGAAAUGCUCCCAAAUGCCCACCAUGCUAGGACCCCAGCCCAUUCCUCCAAGUCUGAGUCUGUUUAAUCAGCAGCCUUGUGAGCACUCACUAAACCUUGGGCUUCAUCACCAGAGGUCACUGUCCAGGGUCUCUUACACCAGCCUGUUCAAAAGCAUCUCCCCCUCCAGCUUUCCACAAGUCCUGAAAGUCCUGUCCCAAACCCCUGAAAUUCCAAGUCUUCUGGGAGCAAAGCAGGAGAUAAGACAUAAACUUAGUGCUUUGGGCUUUGACCUGCCAAGAUCCCUCCAAAGCCCAGCACGCCAGCCUCGCUCUCAUUCUCAGCUAAGAAGGGAACUUGAGGGUCUGGGGCGCAUGCCCUUCACACCGACACUUGUGCCCAUGGCAGACAUGGCAAUCUGUCACAGUACUGCUUCCCAUGAAGCUGAACCAUUUCUUCAAAUCCCUUCUCAGAUGACAACUCCCAAGAGCCACCGCUUAUCCAUCAGAAUUGAGAAAGAUGGACCCUGUUUGCCAUCCCUACCUUAGAAAACAAAAGCAAAUCAUUGGCCCCAGGGCAGUGGGGAAGCCCAAGGUCAUAAAAGCAACAGCCAGGGAAAAACAGAGCUGGGCAGAGUGCCGCACUGGGGGACCACGGGCACCAAAUCUGCAGUGCCAACACCAAACCGACACUUCCCCACGUGUCCCUUACCUUCUCCCGUGGCUGCCGCUUCAAAGACUCUCCCAGCCUUCUACGGCACUAAAAUCCGAGAUGCUUUUCAGGACUUAGGAAAGCAGCCUCCCUCCCCCUCAUCCAGCCCUGCUGCAUUGUCUAUUUUUAGAGCACUAGGCUGCUUCUUUAGCUUAGCCCCUGUGGAGCAGGGGCCAGUGUGUCUCAGCCACCAGCAGGGACACUGCUGGGCCCCAGCAAACCAUUCCCUAGGAGAAUGGGUUCCCCAGGCUCACGGCAUCGAGAUGUCAAGCCCAUGGCAACUGUUUUGACUGCUGGCAGUCCAAAACAGUCCUUCCCACACCCCGGCCGCGUGACUGGGCGGCCCUCGCAAAGCCCAAGCCCGGAUGCUGACCCGGCUUGGCACCAGGUGGCGGGCACUGUGCAACACCCACGGCCUCAACAGCCCAUCAUUCGGAUGCCCUGUGCAGUUUCCAGGAUGCUGAGCUGGUGAAGCGUUUUCACUAAAUAUUCACGUAUGAUGAUCUUUAAAAGGAUUAGCAGGGUUUGUCCUUCAAACUGACUCUUAGUGUCACCCCUAGUCAUGCAGAAUCAAUCCUAAGAAGGAGGAGCUUCUCAUUGUAUGAACAUGGUCAUAUUUUCAGAGCAGGCUAUUACAGGCAGGAAAAUUCUUAGGCUGGUUUACAAGAUCUAUCGCUUGUGUCAUUCCCUGUAAGAGGCAGGAGAUAUACGACUGUGAUUGGGAAACUGCACAAAGUUCAUUUUCAACCCCAUGUUAUCAUCCUUAUAAAGUUUUUUAUUAAAAGCCAAAUUUUUGUUGUAUAUAUUCGUAUUCCAUGUGUUAGAUGGAAGCAUUUCUUAUCCAGUGUGAAUAAAAAGAACAGUUGUAGUAAAUUAUUAUAAAGCCAAUGAUAUUUCAUGGCAGGUUAUUCUACCAAGCUGUGCUUGUUGGUUCUUCCCAUGAUUGUAUUGCUUCUAUAAAUGUACAAAUAGUUACCGAAACGACGAGACCCUUGUUUGCACAGCAUUAACAAGAACCUUGAUCAGCAUUGCUGUCCCCUCUGUUGACAGCCAGUUCACAGCUUCUUGCCUGGAGCUUGGUACACACUCCUGCAAAGACACAAGGUCGCUCCUUUACCAAGGUCAAGAACAGAACUGGUGGAUAUAUUCACUCAUAGUCUUGGAUAUCUGGCCAUGGGUAACCUCAUUGGAAGUAUCAUGAGAAUACUGAUAUUUUUUCAUGAGAAUAUGAUAUGUUUAAUGUCACCGGCACUACGGUCCAAAUACUAUGUCAAAUGGGGAAAAUGAAUGGAGAAAGAACUAGAGAAGACUGGUAUUUACGAGAUGGUGAGCAGCAGCUUCAGCCCAGUGCCAACUCAAUAAGAAGAAAUUAAUGCUGUGUAAAAUGGGUUGAAUUAGUUUGCAAACUAUGUAAAGACGUAUGCAGUGAAAAGCCUGUUAAUGCAAACCCGGUGGCAAUGGGUAUUCUAGCCAAUCGCCUUUUCUAGUUAUCUGAGCUCUACUAUAUUAUCAUACCUGGGUAACCAAUUUUUUAAAAUUAGAGUUUAAUUUUUUGAAUACACUUAACGUGAAACUCUUCCUCUAACUCUUUCUUCUUUCUGGGAAAAUUCAAAGAUGGUUACGGCUCUCCAGUGCCUCUGAGUUGUUGUUACGAGAGAACAGUUAUCGCUGUGCCGGGCUGUAGGAGACUGGGCUGAACCUGUACAGUGGCAAACCCUGCAAGUUGCUUUUUUUAAAAAAAUAAUAAAUUCCUAAAAUGAACG